AUGCUGACUAGUCAAUCGCGAUGGUUCAAGAGAUAUCGGGUGAAACCCCCAGGCCUUCGUUUAGGAAUUAAUGGUUCUGGAGGUCCGCACGGAACUCAGGAAGGUUCGGCAUCCGAAAAGCGAAACCUUAGCCACCCUAGUGAUCUACGUAAAGGCUCGGUAUCUCUAAUACGAAACCCUACAUGGUUUCGUAAGUCUGUUUCGAAACCUUUACGUGCUCUACGGAACUAUGACAGGUUUUGUACCAGACAUACGAAACCAAAAAAGUUCAGUAUAAACGCUGCUGAACCUUUCAAUGGUUUGGCAAUAACAGCACAAAACCUAUUUGGUCCUCAAAACCUAAAAACCAUUCUUUAUUUACGCUACGAAACCAUUUUGGUGGUGCCAAACUUAAAAUGGUCUUCUCGAUUCCGGCAUAGUUUUCGCCGAUUCCAGCAAGUUCCGGCAGGUUCCUUGCCGCCGGAUUCCGGCCGGAAUUGCAUAGGAAAUAUCCGAUCAAUUCCUGACCGUUUUCAGCUGGAAGUUUGCAGGAAACGGCCGGGAAAUGAGUGGAGCCUACGUUUGAACUUCCGGCCGGAACCGACCAUGCCAUAA